AUUUGUUUUAAACAUUCGCAUUUAAUUCACGUUAAUGAAAUACCGGAACAAUCGCGGCACAAUACUGCAAAUACAAUUCAGAACAUUUUUGGUGAAGAAACAAUUUUGGCAUAGGAAACGGUGCUUUCAAGACGGUAACUUACUGAACAUAUUCUUUUUUGGAAAACGGAACCGUGAACUAUUUAUCGAUAGCUAA